AUGUAUAAUAAUAAUUGGAAUAGUAAAUACUCUCAAAAUGUAAUUUAUAAACAGAUUUAUGAAAAAUCUUAUCCAUUUAAAAGAUACUGUAUCGGAGAUGAGUACUAUGGAAGAGUGUUAAGUGUAAAUGCAAAAAAAAUAAAGCUUGAUAUUUUAUGUGAUAGGAAAGCAUAUUUAAAUACUUUCGAAUAUUUCAAUUCAAUUAAAUUAUGUAAAUAUAUAAAUUCAAUAAUAAAUAUACAUGAUAUAAUAAAAAUAAAAAUAAAAUAUAUACAAAAAAUAUAUCAAAAAAUAUUUGUACAAAUACGAAGAUAUACAAUACCCGAAAUAUUAUCAUCAUUUCAAAAUGAACAGAGUUUAGUAAGUUCAAAAAUUUUCUACAUUUCUGAUGACUAUGCUUUAGUUUAUAUUGCCCCUAAAGUACAUGCAAAGUUAAUUAUUAACAAACAGGACAAACUCGAUAAAUACAAAAUAGGAAAUACAAUUCCAGUCAAAGUCCAUUCUUUUAAUUCAGAAGAAAAUGAGUUAUACGUACUAGAUCCGUAUGACUAA